AUGGCGCCAGCAAGAACACAACAUAUUGCAAACUUUGGCAAGGGUUUGAUGUUCCUGCUAUCCGUGGCUUCGAUUAUAUGCCUUGUUACCACAACAACAAGCGCAGAAUCUCUAGGGCUGCCUUUUUACCGUUUAAAGCGUCACUUUGGCCAACUGUGUUCGAUGGUAAACAAACACACCGGCCGCCAGUGCGGUCUCUACUUGAGCUAUGGCUGUUACUGUGGCCCAGGCACCACUUCCACAGGAAAGCCUGUUGACGAGACCGACGAAUGCUGCCGUCAGCACGAUGCCUGCUACGGUAACACGGGCUCUGCAUGUUCGCCCAAGUUCGUCACAUACAAAUACGACUGCCAGAAUGGCAACUGCACUUGUACCGAUUCAUCGAAAGACAAGACGUGUGCAUACAAAUCCUGUUUAUGUGACUUGCAGUUUGGACAGUGCCUCAAGAACAAGCCCUACAACAGCACGUACUAUUGGAUGGACAAAAGUCGGUGUAACAGUUCUGAAACUGGGAAGAACGAUUGA